AUGCGUUUGACGAGUAAUUUUAUUGAUAGAGAUUGGGUGUUGCAUAAAAGAACACUAAAUUUUUUCCCUUUCUCUAGUCAUAAGGGUGACGGGACGGCAAAAGUUAUUGGUAAUUGUUUGCUUGAAUGGAAAUCGGAUAAGGUAUUCAUUGUUACUGUUGAUAAUGCUUCGUCGAAUGAUGUCACGGUCAAAGAAUUUUCUAAACAAUUAGAUAUGUGGAAAACUAAUUCGAUGAGUGGGAAAUGGUUUGAAGGAAUUGAUAUUUCUGUAAAACAUGUUAGACAAGCUGUGAGGUGGAAUUCCACCUACUUGAUGUUGGAAACGGCGCAAAACUUUGAGGAGGCCUUUGACAAGCUUCAUCUUUUUUAUGAUGGAUUUUCUACUCAUCCUUGUAUGCAUGUUUAUAAGGAUGGGAAUGUUGCAGGUCCAUUUAUAUGUGAUGAUUUGGUGAAUGUGAGAAAUGCGAUAAACUUUCUUGAAAGAUUUAACGAGCUCACCGAAAAAGUUUCAGAUCCUCAUAACAGAUUAGAGUAUGUUGGUUUUGCACUAGAGCAAAUGUUCGGGAAGGAACCAGGGAAGAAAUUAACUGCCGAAGUGGAUGCUUAUUUGAAUUCUUUGUUUGGGGAAUAUCAAAACAAAUAUUCAAAAGGAUGUUAUCUUCAAUCAUCUCCAUCUAAAUCUACUUCAUCUGAUGACAUAUCUGAUUUAUCUAGUAGGAAUGUGAGAAAUCUUGUUGCAUCGAAAUAUACAUUUAGCACCGGUGGCCGUAUUUUUGAUUUAUUUAGGAGUUCAUUGACUCCUCGAUUGGUGCAAAGUCUUGUUUGUGUUCAAGAUUGGUUUAGAUGUGAGGGUACUCCUAUUAACGUUGGAGAAGAUUUGGGGUUUCUUGAGCAAAUUGAACUUGGUUCAACUAUGCCUCAUGGUCCUAAAGCUAGAUCGCCUAUUUGGGAACAUUUUGAGGUAGUUAAAGAAAAUGAAUAA